AUUACAAGUUAGGAAGAUUGGAAGGUUUCAAAUACUUGAAACAUAUGAAAAUGCUGUGUCACUCCCUUUUCGUGCUUACGAUUCUAUUGACAGGUGUUCAAAGUAACCAUCCAAAUUGGUCCUUGCAAUCUGGAAGACUAAAACAACUUGAUUUAAGUCCAUAUAACAUUCUUUGGGGUGUAAACAGUAAUCAUCAAAUUUUUAUACGCAAUGGAAAUGGGUGGACCUCGGUAAGUGGUGGAUUAAAACAUGUCAGUGUUGGAAACGCUGGAGUGUGGGGAGUGAAUAAAUACGACAAUAUUUAUUAUCGCGAAGGAGUGACGCUCAGUUCAUCAUUUGGCACAAGCUGGACCCAAGUGUCUGGAGGUUUAAUGCAAAUCGAUUCAGGACCAACAGGAAUAGUGUAUGGUGUAAAUUCUGGGCAUAAUAUAUACUGUAGAACAGGAAUCACUGCGUCCAAUCCCAAGGGAACUGGCUGGAAAUGGAUACCUGGAAAAUUAAAAUAUGUUAGCUGUGGAAAAUUUGGCUGUUGGGGUGUCAACAACAACAAUCUUAUAUAUUUCCGAACAGGAGUUACUGCAUCUAACUGUAAAGGAUUGAACUGGGUCAACAUUCCAGGAUUACUGAAACAAAUUGAGACGACAGCAAGUGGUGCUGUUUACGGUGUGAACAUUCACAGAACAUUAUAUGUCCGUGAAGGAAUCAGCUCCUCUAAUCCUACUGGAACACAUUGGAGAUCCAUUGCUGCUCCUAAGUUUGAUCACGUGUCAGCUAGCUUAACUCAUGUAUUCGGAAUUGAUCAAAAUGACAAAAUCUUUAAGUUUAAUGGACAAUGGCGGUUGAUACCAGGCUCAUUGAAACAAAUUGAUCACGGUCUUUCUGAGGGUGUUUGGGGUGUGAACCAUCAUGACAAUAUUUUCCGCCUUAACACAGAUUAUUCGUGGACUCAUAUUUCUGGCGGCCUAAAGCACGUUUCUGUUGGUGCAGCUGGUGUUUGGGGAGUAAACAGUAACGAUCAAAUAUAUUACUUUCUGGGUGGCUCUUCAUGGCAAAAUAUACCUGGACGCUUAAAACAGAUCGAUUCUGGUCCGGAAGGGAUUGUAUAUGGAGUAAACAGUAACGACAACAUCUACUGUCGUACAGGCAUUUCAACUAAUAAUCGUCAAGGAACAGGAUGGAAACAUGUUUCUGGUAAAUUAAAAUACAUCAGUUGUGGUGCAUUGGGAUGCUGGGGUGUAAAUGUUAAUGACCGAAUUUUUUACCGUUCCGGGGUAUCUGCGCAAAAUUGUGCUGGAACAAGUUGGACUCAUAUCGGAGGAGCUCUUAAGCAAAUCGAGACUGGGGCAGCUGGUGAUGUAUAUGGAGUAAAUAGUAACAACGUGGUCUACCGUCGAACUGGCAUAACUACGGCAUCUCCAAUGGGCUCAGGUUGGAUAGUUACUUUGUCGUAUGCUUCAUUUGUGACCACUGGCCUCAAUAAUAAGUAUGUCUUGGUUAAUGGAAAAAUUUUUGAAUCUCGAGAUCAAACGAAGCCCUUUCCUUGAAAAAAAAGAACAUAUUUGGCUGUGACGGAAUGGAAAAAUUUUGAUUUAGUUUUGGCAUUAAGUAUCAUUUAUUUCUAAUGUUUUCUGUAGUUUAGAUAAGUAGUAAUGUAUACAGUACAUGUAGUUUUCUCUAUUUUUGAUAAAAAUAUAUAACGUACGGCAAGCAA